AUGCGAGAAUUCUGGAAAGUCUCAUCGUCCUGGCUCAAGCCCAAAUCCCGCUUCCGCAGCACCAGCGACGAAGACCGCAACGACGAAGAGCAACACAACCUCCUACCAACUAAAAGAUCCCGUCGCCAAACAUGGCUCAUGGGCGAGGGACUGAGGCGAUCGAGCAAAUCCAGACCGAGCUCAAUUGCCGUCGACGGACUCUUCAGUAAUGGACUCGACGCUGGUACGACGAGCGCUGCUGGCGACGGCAGGAACAAGCGGGCCUCAACAUACUUGGAAUUCCUGACUGGCGACUCGUCGCAUUCCUCGGGCGACAAAGUGGAGUUUCGGGAUCCGACGAUGGUCCGAUACAGUUCCUUUUUUGAUCAUAUGGUUUCGUGGGAUCGGUUUAUGUGA